CACACACACACACACGCACACACAGAUCCAGUGGCUGCUCUGUAUCUCUCACACUCACCCACUCUCAUCAUUUUCUCUCUCUCUCUGUCUCGCUCCCUCUGUCUCUCACUCCAUUCCUCUGGGCUCUGCGUCCUUCUUGCUUCUUCUCACAAGUCAGACUGUGUUUGUAAGUACGUGGUGAAUGUCUCCCUGUGUAUGCUUGGGUUUCCUUAGGUCUUUAUGUAUGUGUGAGUGACUGGUUGCCUACUUUAGUGUGACUGAGCAGAGCAGCAAGGAGGAUCAAGUGUAUGUUGGUCUCUGUCUCACCCUCACACACUCACCGGUUCUCUUGCAACUCUUCUCGGGAUCUCUGGAUCCCUUUCCUCGGUGACAGGCUCCCCACACCAAGCAGUCAACAUUUCCGCCCCCGGGAGACCCACGCUGGCAGCGCAGCCCCUUCCCCGACUCAGCAUCGGGAGGAAGACCCUGGUGGCGGCUGCCGUUGGGGUUAUGCUGGUCCUGGUGCUGGUGGUCCUCAUUCCUGUGCUCGUCAGCUCUGUGGGUACAGAUGCCAGCCACUAUGAGAUGCUGGGCACCUGCCGUAUGGUCUGCGACCCCUACCUGAACAAGGGAACUCCAGCCAGCAGCACCAGCUCCACUGGUCUCCAGGCUGAAGCAGAAGCACUGAGUGACCACAGCAAAGUUUAUCCACCCUCCACCUUACUGCAGGGCCCACAGGGGAAGCCUGGCAGGCCAGGCAAGCCCGGACCACCCGGACCGCCGGGAGAACCGGGGCCACCAGGACCAGCGGGGCCUCCUGGUGACAGAGGUGAUCAAGGAAGGACUGGGAUUUUGGGUCUGGGAGGAAACGGAGCUAUAAGCACGGCCACCUACAGUACGGUGCCCCGGGUGGCCUUCUAUGCAGGGCUUAAGAACCCCCACGAAGGCUACGAGAUCCUCAAGUUUGACGACGUGGUUACUAACCUAGGCAACAACUAUGAUGGUAUUUCGGGCAAGUUCAUCUGCAGCAUCCCGGGCACAUACUUCUUCAUCUACCAUGUGCUGAUGAGAGGAGGGGACGGCACCAGCAUGUGGGCAGACCUCUGCAAAAAUGGCCAGGUUCGUGCCAGCGCCAUUGCCCAAGACGCUGACCAGAACUAUGACUAUGCCUCUAACAGCGUCAUCCUCCAUCUGGAUGCAGGGGACGAGGUUUACAUCAAACUGGAUGGAGGCAAAGCCCAUGGAGGAAACAACAACAAGUACAGCACCUUCUCUGGCUUCAUCCUCUACGCAGACUGAGAACAGACAGACACAGAGACAGUGAGACAGGAAGAGAGAGAGUUGUACGACAGGUGGGGGGUGGGGGUGGGUGGAUGCUGUGUGUGUUAAAAGCCGGAAUGCUUUCUAGUUUUCCUAAAUCUCUCCAUCAUCACGGACACCUCUGCUUCAUAUCCAUCAGCCAAGACAUCCAGGCUCUGUAGCCAAGCCUGGAUGCAAAGCUCCUGAGGACACACUGAGAGGGGCCAGGUGGGAGGCAUGGGAGGAGUGGGACGUGGGGUGGAGGUGGGCUGGUUUUUCUGCAUUCCUCGCCACAAUGUCGACGUGUCAGAAGCUCCUCGCUUUCAGUGUCUCUCCUCUUCAGCCCUGCUCCACUGCACAGAAAAAUCAACAACAAAAAUGAAAACCCUGCAAAAGUGGAUGAUCUCAUCUCUUCUCUCCACAAUGGAAACAGUCAGCUGUACUGUCAGUGGACUCGAUUGACUGAAACUCGUAGUGUUGUUCAGUGCAAUUUUCCUUAGGUUGUGUUUUAUUUUGUAGACAUGCAUAAUAUUCUACACAAAUGAGAUUUUAAAAAAUAAUAAUAUAUUUGUCCCUUGUGAAGAUAUCCUGUUUGACUGAGAGAAUGGAUUUGUGAGAUGUUAUUUGUGAUGCGGCUCAGAGAUCUAACACCUGGAAAAGAAAUCUUUAAAUGAAGACUGUCAGUAUUUCAUGGCAGAGGGUGUUUCUCUUCAUUGCUGGGUGCAAUGUAACUAUAUAUUGUAUGUGAAGAAUAACAACACAUUCUGCACUGUACCUUCCAAUAUAUCUGAAAAAGGAAACAUCUCAUAUAGACGAUACCUUUUCCACAAACAACUUGACACUGUUUGCACACACACAAUGUCCUGCUGCUGUUCAGAUUUAAAGUAGAGUUCAAAUUGUCUCUUCGAUGUUCAAGUUUUAUGUAGAUGCUCUACUCUGCACAACUGGCCAUUUGAUAAAGCAGAAUCUUCAGAUUCAGAGGUAACCUAGUUGAAGAGUGCUCGUUCUUUCUUCUUCUUUGCUGUGCCGACCUCCGAACCUUCGCGUGGUUAAAAAGCGGCUUCUGAAGCGGAGGGAGACGGAGGGAAAGUCACAAAGAUGGAGAGAGAAAGAGUCAGAAGUGAGUGAAAUGCUGGGGAGGCGGAGGGGGCGUUCAGGCACAAUAACAGAGAGCGGGCAAAUUUUGUGUUUCAGUGUCUCUGAGCUUCACUGGAUGUCAUCCAUUCAUUAGCUGCAUAUUCACUGACAUACAGGCAUUAUGGUAAUAUUUACUCAACAUGGCGGCCUGACAGCUUGCUUGAGAAUGAAACUGAUUGGGUGAGCGACUUGGUCUAUGAUUACCGCAUAUUUGUGUGCGCGUUUGUACGUGUGAGUCUGUAUGUGUCUGUGCAUACCAGUGAGUGUCUGCAUUUUAGCAUGUGCCGUGCCAUAGCUACAUCGUUCUUUUUCAGAGUUAUUCAGUGCUACAGCCAAUGACAGAUAUUCUACUCAACAGCCAAUGAGAUUGUGCUGUGUAGGGUGGGGAGCCUCUAUAGAUAUGAUGAGAACAAACAGCUUGUAAAUGAAAUCUAUGACAUGUUUGUCUAUCUUAUCUUUUGGAAUUGUUGAAUACAUUUAAAUAAUAAAUGGGAUUUUUUUGAGUGACUUGUCUCACAAGAAUUCUUAUAUCCCACAUACGCUAAUUAAUGAAAAAUCUGUAAAGGAUCUCAUUUGUCUGAAAGAUCUGUAAAGGAUCUCAUUUGUUUUGUGAGACUGACUACAGUGCAAACAACAUGACUGAAAAUGUGUUUCUUGUUUCUUGUUUAAACUAAGAAUUUUAUCAGUGGCCUGUCAGUGCAUACAUAAAGGAUCCUAAGUCCCUCAUCUCUCUUCUUUUUCCAAAAAAUAAAGUAUAUUUAGGAUGAUGGGCAUCAAGGGAAAGAUGUCUGUGUUUAUUCUCCCCCGUCCCAUCCUAAACUGAUCCAGUGGAGCUUCUCUCCAUCUGUAAAUGUGCACUUAGAGAUAAAGACCCUCCAACUUUAGCAACCAGUGGAGUAAAAUGCAGUUCUUGAAUGCUGAUGAGUCCUUAAGGAAAUGCAGGCUAUUCCUCAAUCGGCAAUCAAAGCAUCUUUUCACAGAUUCUCAUCAACAGAGGCAUGAUAUACCCAAUGAGGAAUUGUGGACGGAGGAUGAAAGACAGGGGGAGGAAAGAUUGAGAGAGACAGAAGAGGAGAAGAAUCUGGGUUGACAAAGACAGAUGGAGACAUGAGAAAAAGAAUAGGCCACAGAGAGAAGUAAUGGGGAAGAGAUAGAUAGGGAGGGUGAGGAUAAAGAGAAAUAUAAGGAAGACAGACAGAAGGAGAGAGGGGCUGGAGCCGAUUUGGGGUGGAGAGGGAAGAGGGCUGGAUUGUUUUCAGGGUAGAGUGAUUCCCUGUCAGGGCUGUGUGAGGUGUCAGGAGAGAUUAGCCGGCGUGAAGCUGGAGGAGAAAGCUUGAGAUAGCUUGGAUUGGACAAGUGUCAAGGACUGGACAUUCCUCAGACUUGGCAGGAAUGGAAUGUGACACUGGGUGCUAUGUUCUACUUUGCUCUUAAGGGAGCCAGUCACCCCUCUCUGUAUCAUUUCAUCCAUUUCCCUCUAGCAUAUAACAAGCUGAUGCAAGCUGGUGGGAAUGAGAAUGAUUGAGUCUUAUGAUACUAAUAUCUCUAAAUGGUUUCCACAGUAAUUUUGAAGACAUUGCUACUAAAAACAGGAUCAUCCAUGAAAAGAAGCAUCUACCAGCUGCAUUUUAGUGUUUGACACCAGGUCAGAUUUUGUUUGAAAUGUUCUGGUUUACACAAACUGGCACAAAGUGGGAACAGGUUACUCUAAUGGAUUUGAAGUUGUCAGAGCUUCUUGCAAACACAGAAAAAGGAAAAUAGAUUUUUCAGUUUAUCUUCAUCUUUUGACAAAAAAACAAAAAACAUCCGCUUUGCAAAAGGGAGCAACUUGUCUCAUGGAGUGGGUCUUGCAUUGUCACAGCUUGGCUCUUAGAAUAAAGAAUAAUGCAGCAAUUUGGAUUUUUUUGUUGUUGCAACAAAUGAGUCAAUCAACUGAGUGUGUGCCUAUUUGAGAAUGUGC